AUGCCACCACGCGCCGUGAACAAGCGGGCGACAGGAACGCCUGGACGCGCUGGGUCGAUGCCAGUCGUGUCGCCCACUUCGGGCAGUCAUCGGCUCGUGCAACCACAUCUGCGCGAACUCCAGGCCACACCAGCUUCCCGGAGGCAGUACAGUUAUGGCUCUGGUCCAGAGCCGGCGCCGUCUCGUGCGGAGCGCUCAUUGCGCAGAGGGCAGCAGCUCGAUCUGGGCCAUGCGGUUGGCAGCGUGUUGCAACGCCAGGAUGAGGAAGACGCCCAGACGUCUAAGAAUGUGAUGCCUCCCCCACCUCGACCUCAGCAGGACCUGGAACGAGAUGAGCUGGCUGGAGAUGCCGACCUAUUUGAUGCAGAAGCGGACUUGGCUCAACAGCCACCCGAUGACAUGUCUGAUGACAGGAGUUUCAUCACCGAAAGCGAAUUGUUUGACCAGGCUACUAUCGGCUCCUCACCCAAAUCGAUACCAACACCGGCCUUGCGCCGGGGGCCAGGCCGCGCAGGGCAACAGCGGCCUUCGGCUCUGCGUUAUUCAGAACAACCUCUUCCUGACCAGACGCCUGCCGUGCUAGAAGCGGCAACCGAAGCCUUGGCAUCAGAGGCGCCAGCUCGCUCCGCGCUCCAAACAGCCCCCAUUCUAGCACCUAUGUCCCUUCAGCCCACGCAAAGCGUGUUGAGGAAUCCCCAGCGUAAUACUGCGGCGUCGCGAGCGGCGACGAUCCACCAGGGUACCGAUCAAGCCUCGUCAGGCCUUGCCCGUUCGAGAACCCAGGCAGUCAGUCCUAGCAAGUUUAGCGCGACGCAGGAAGUUGCCAGCAACAACAACUUUGCUUCUAAUUAUAGCGACGCUGACGACGCAUUGCAACGCGAGAUUGCUGCGUCGGAUUCGUCUGACGCCGCCGACGCCGCACCGCCCCCAAGGACCUCUGCACUCUUUGCAAAAAGCGCGUCUUCUCAACUUGGGAGGAAGUUGCAGAAACCUACUAGCGGGCGCCUUGGGUCUUUGCGGCAGACUGCAAGGUCUGCCUCUGGCAGUACCGUCGUGUUGGAGGCCGAAGAGCCCAGUUGGCUGGAGUAUAUCCGGUUUCAAGCACUUUGGGACUGGCUGAUGAGCAUUAUGGACGGCUUCAACGACGGGUUAGCCUGCACAGCUCGCCGUCUGCUUAAACUGACACGCGAGUACGGGGCACAAACGCUGGGAUUCGUUGUGACCUCCAUGCUCGUCCUCUGGGCCGCCAUUGCGCUGUCGCAGUCAGGCGCGCCUGGCGCUUUGUGGGACGCUGUUCCGACGUCAGUUCCAUCAGGGUUGUCACCCUGGCAUGGAGUCAAGGGGCUGGCAAAUUCAGUCGGCAACCUGGUGCAUUCCAUACCGCUUCCCAGCUUCUCUAGGGACAGCGACAUCUCGGAUCUCUGGAGCCGGGAAGAGGAAGAAGACCGCACCGCUGCGGACUAUCUCCGCCAGCACAAGAAGGACUACAGCGCAUUGAAGAAGGCGACAGACUUCAACGACGUGGCUCUGAAGAAACUCCAAAAGGUUGUGCCGAAUGUUGUCCACAUGGAGCUCAAGGAUGGAAAGCCAGUGGUCGCUGAGCAAUUCUGGCAUGCUGUCCGUGAUCUACUCCGUGCAGAUGGAAGCUUUCUCAACAUGGACAAGGAGCAUGGCGAGUUCGCAGUGUCUUCAGACAAGCAGUGGAGCGCAAUCGCCACGCGUCUAGCUAGCGAUCCGACAUGGACUGGUAAGCUCAACGCCGGCCUCGAAGACGUGCACAGUCGCGUCGAGGACCAGGUGUCGGUCUCAUGGGAGGCAUGGGUCCGGGACAACGAGGACAAGAUUGCGAGUCAACUAGGCUCUGCCAUCGAGCAGGUCAACGCAGCCGCAUCUGGGGACAAGCUUGACGGUGUCGUCAAAACCCUUCUUGAAAAGCACGUACAAACCGACUCGACCAUUGUCACGCGCGAAGAGUUCAUCCGUCAUCUCAACAACGAAUUUUCCGGCCACAGGGAUCAGAUGCGUCGCGAGAUGGAGGAGCUUCUGCCGCGCUUCAAAGGCAUGCUCGACGAAGCCGUGGCCGUGGCCAAGAGCCAGACGCCGCCGGCAGGCAUGAGCCGUGCCGAUGUCACCAACCUGGUCAACGACAUGAUCCGCAAGUCGCUCGCCAGUAUCAGCAUCGAGGCCCUUGCACGCGGCAAAAUUCACUCCCACUGGUCCACCGACCUUUCCAACCAGGUGAACUACUUCGCCCUCGGCGCCGGUGCCACCAUCGACGGCAAGCGCACGUCUCCAAUAUUCGACCCGCACAAGAAGGGGUUCAUCAAGGAGAAGGCUUACGAGAAGGGACUCCGAGGUUCCAGGCCGUUGCCGCCUGCGGCUGCCCUCACGCCCUGGGAGGAGGAAGGUGACUGCUUCUGCGGAGCUCGUCAACAAUCCGAUCGAGGCAACCCGCACGAUGUCUCCCUCUCGGUUCAGCUGGGGCACCAGGUCAUUCCUCAGUACAUUGUGCUCGAUCACAUCCUUCCCGGUGCAACCACUGACCCCGGGGCGAUGCCCAAGAACAUUGAGAUUUACGCCAAGUACGAGGACCCCGAGCUCCGUGGGCUGGCCCUGGACUUCAGCGCCGUGUUCUUCCCGGAUGGCGAGAAGGCCUGGGAUUACACGCCUCAGAACUUUGGCGAAGAGUUUGUCAAGAUCGGACAGUUUGUGUAUGAGGGCGCGCAGGCCAACAGUGGCGUGCAGAUCCACCGACUCAGUGAUGAGCUGGUGCAGAUGCGAGCUUGGACGGACCAGGUUGUCGUCCGGGCGACGGACAACUAUGGCGCCGAGAGGCAUACGUGUUUCUACAGGGUGAGGAUGUAUGGCGAGAAGAUGUAA